CGGACAUAAACCUUCACACCCACGCUCGGCUUCGCUUCGAAGAUUUGCCACUUGCACUGGCCGAUGGGGCUCGACGAGCCCAGCUGGGCGGCGAAGCGCAUGGGCGCUGCGGCGACGGAGGAGGCCGACUCGAGGUUGGCCAAACAGGCUCGUUUGCUUCAGGAGCUCGGCGAGGAGGCGGCGGCCAACCAGAAGGGCGGCGCAAGAGGGGCGCCCAUGGCCUUGCUGCUGGUGCCCACGAGGUUCGCCCCCCCCAACGUGCGCGAGUUUGACGAGGCGACUGGCGACUGCUUCAAGCGCUGCACGGUCGGCUCCGAGGCCCUGUUCGCCACGCCGCUACAGGGCGUCUGCGCGGAGAGCUGCAAGGCCGAGGGCAAGGUGCACGAGUUCGGCCCGCCGUGGCCGCGCGCCUUCAAGGCCUCCAUCAAGUGGGCGCGCACGGACGGCAAGAAGAUGGCCCCGCGGCCAGCUCGGGACUAAUUGAUUAUUGUGAGCAGGUGGCUCCCGGCCCCGACGCGUCGGUGAAGAUGGCAGCGCUCUGCCGCCACUUCAUCGCGAUGGGGGAUCAGCAGCAGGCCCGCACGCGGAAGGGGGGUACGCUGAUGAAGGCCAUUCAGUUUACGCUCGAGGCCGCUAGCACGAUGGAGCAACCCGCCGCCCCUGUUCCAGGAUUUCCUCCCCGCGGCGGGCUCAAGAGGGAGGCGGCCAAGCCCGCCCAGAAACUACGCCUCAAGGAUAUGCACGUGGACAAGGGCGAGGUGGCGCUGAAGGACGUCCACUGCAGGAACCACGCCGCGCUGCGGCAGUCCCUGUUCGAGGUGCAGCUCCUGCUGGCCCUGGAGAGGGAGGCGCUGCUCCGACCCGACGCGGGCGAGCUGCGCAUCCCCCGGUGCUUCUCCUACACGGUGGACUCCCACGUGGACGGCUGGCGCGUCCGCACGGCCAUGAGCUGCCUGCCCGGGGAGCAGCUCGAGCUGUGGCUCCACGGCAUGUCGGACGCAGCGUGCGCCCGUGCGGCCAGUGUUCCGUGGACGUCGCACCUGAGGCAGGGGUGCGCCAUGGCGGACCUCCUGAUCAGGCAGCUCGGCCCGACCCUGGAGCUGCUCGCCCCCCUCGCCUGGCACCGCGACGUCAACUCGCACAACGUGCUGGUCAGCGACGCGCCUGGGCACCUGGGCGCCGAGGAGGCGGACUCGGCGGCCUCGUUCUGGCUCUGCGACCUCGGCCUGGCCGUCGCCUCCGAGAGCUGGGUGUCCGACCCCGCACCGCCGGGGGCCAGCGGCGCGGAGCAGGGCGCCUGGCGGGUCACGGACAUCGGGGGCGACUGCCGCUACUGGCCGGCGUCCUCCUGGAUGGUGCACUGCUACGGCGCGGACUACCUGGCCUCUCGCCAGGAUUUCUGCAGGCAGUACCAGACCAGGCUCGACGUGCACGGCCUCGGCAUCACCGCCAUCGAGGUGAUCUGCUCCGUUUGCCCUGGCGGCCCGGGGCGCGGGCGCGGCGGCGGGGGCCGACGGCCCCGGGGGCGAGGAGUGCUGGUCGUGGCUGCUGAGCUCCUGGGAGCAGUUCCACCGCGCCGUGAGCCACUGGUGGGACACCAUCUACCAGGUGUUCAGCGGCGGGGGGGACUUCCGACCGGUACACGACUGGCUCGUGCAGCAGGCCGUGUCGGAGCAGGUCGUCGACCUCAUGGCCGACCUGCGCGCGGCGCUCCGCUCCUGCGCGGCCGGCUGCGCGAUGCGCGAGCCCGCGGUGGCUUGCUUGCUGCGGGUCGUGGCGGAGCUGACCGACGAGUGCUCGAGGCUGGAGCUGGGCGAAGCGUGCUCGAUGCUGGGGGCGUUCGAGCCCCGGCAGCCUCGCCGGCAGCCGCCGCAGGCGCCCGUCGAGGCGCCUGCGCCGUCGCCGCACGGGGGCGGGCCGUCCUCGCCGUGCUCGGGCCCGCGCAG